UUUAAUCGGCAAGUUUAUAUUAUAAACACACAAUUCACAUGUGGUUCGAUGUCAGUCUUGGUACGCCGUCGAUGUGUACAGUCCGUUGUUGGUCGAGCGCUGCUGAGCACGGGAAUUUAAUUGAAAUUCAAACAGAAUGUGGGCCGGCCUAUCGACGUUUCUUAUCAGCGUGGGGGUGUACGCACUCGUCGCUUAUCUAUACGAGCAGUUGCGAACGCCGUUUCGCUUGCUCAAGCUGCGUCUGAUUGGCGAUGCCAGGCACAGGCUGAGCAUCAAGGAACGCUUUGGCAAUUGGGCGGCCAUAACUGGCAGCAGCGAUGGCAUUGGCAAGGCCUAUGCCAUGGAGCUGGCGCGCAACGGCAUCAAUGUGGUAUUGAUAGCCAGGAACGAGGACAAACUAAAGGCAGUUGCCAAAGAAAUAACCACGGAGUGCAGCGUGCAGGUUAAGAUUGUCGUCGCUGAUUUCACACAGGGGUCUGCAGUCUAUGACCAUAUUGAGCACGAGCUUAAGGAUGUCCCAGUAACCAUACUAAUUAACAAUGUGGGCAUUGGCUUUCCGGGUGGCCUCAGCAGAGUGACCAAGGAGCAACUCCAACAGCUGAUCGAUACAAAUGUGCUAGCUGCUGCACAGCUGUCGCGCUACUUCUUCCAGCGUCUGCGCGCCGCCGACCAAAAGGGCGCCAUUGUCAAUGUGAGCUCCGGCACGGAACUGCAGCCCGUGCCAUUUGCCGCGCUUUAUGCAGCCACGAAGGCUUUCAUGCGCAGCUUUACGCUGGCGCUGCAGUGGGAGGCUGCUCGGUUUGGCAUCCAUGUGCAGCUGCUGUCUCCCAACUUUGUGGUCACCAAGAUUAACAACUACUCCAAGCGCAUUAUGCGCGGCGGUCUCUUUAUACCCACAGCGGAGCAAUAUGCGCGCAGCGCUGUGGCCCAGCUGCGGGAUGGUGUGGACGAAACUCCUGGCUACUUCUGGCAUCAUGUGCAGAAUGCAGCUAUGACCGCUUUCCCAUGGAGAUUGCGCUUAAAUGUGGCUCAGCUGUUCUUCACAAGGAUUGCUGACAAAGAUAGGAAGUAAAAUCAUUGCAUACUUCUAGGCUGUAUGUGUAAUGAACAGGGUUUGUGCCUUGGCUAAUUGUCUUAGCUAUUGAGCUUGUAGCUU